AUGUCCCACGAACUGUCUUACUAUCGGCCAUCUACCCCUCCUGCGAUGCAGUUGCAAGGAUCUAUCGGCGCGAGCCAUAGCCGCCACGCAUCCGACUCUUCUCUGUACUCUAAUAGUUCCUCACCAUGGUCAGCUGUCACUGUGGCGACGAGUCCUAUCAUCAGCUCACCUCCGCGGCAUCACCACGGUCCUGCCCUGCUACCCAAGAUCAGGCCGCAGGAUGUAGUGAUUGAGCCAACAUCUACCAGUGGACCGCCCCGUCAGCGUCGUGUUCUCUCCAACACACGCAACCCUCCGGGUGCUCUACCAAUGAUCCCCACCUCACGGUCUAGCCAGCGGGCCACGGCGUCGGAAUAUCUCGGAUUGUCUUCGCCUGCUUCGGUUCCACCGAUGUACAAGACACAGAACGGCCCAGCUCUGUCAUCGCCCGUGAGUCUGACGCCAUCGUACAAGCGCAAAGCCGUUGGCGGCCACUCUCGAUCGGUAUCCACAUCUAUCAUCGAUGAAGCGAAAGUGGGCCGGUAUGGGUCUUCACCUUACCGGCAAGUUACCAGGUGCUCUGUCCAGCCUCAGGGUGCACUCACCGCGCCCAUUACGCCAGUCACCCCGAAUAUCGUAGUGUAUCCAGCUUAUGCUGAGCAUUCACCCGCUGAGCCAACCCAUCUUCGAACCUGGCCGCCCGCUCAGAUCCCGAUGCCGUUGAUGCUGCCGGGUUCACCCUACAGCUGCACGCGAACGUCAAGUGCUCAAUGCUCGCCCGUUGGAUCUUUUCACCAGAUGGAAGAGGAAUCGACCACGCUACUUUCCUACCUUACGGCACCCACUCAGGCGAUAAAUCUCGUUCGCAAUGUGAGCGUGAUCCCGACACGAGGGCUGCACGACUACUUCUGGUGGGAUAUCCGCAACCUGCGUAGCUGGUCGUCGUUCUCCCUGGAAACCAUCAACCAAGUGGAUGGACUCUCGAAGCUUCUCAAAACAGCGAUCCCCUCACAAUUCACCCCGGUGAACGUCCUGCCCAGCUCGCACCUGUCUCCCGACUCAGAGGCCGGCCUGAUCAAUGUGCUAAGAGACAUCUACGCUCCUCGCGUGAACGCGGCGCUGGCGGUAUCGCAGGGCCCUGAGCAUCUGACGCUGUACGAUGCUCCCAUCCCACGGGUAUCGGGCAACAAAAACUACGGAGGUCCGCAUUUCCUUGCCAACUACGCCUCCGACACCGAACGGACCAGCUCCGGCCUUCCGCGAGGGCGACUUGUGGGGAUCGUGAAGACCUUUGAUCGGUGGAACACGGGGAUGCGCAACGAAGCGCCGCACCGCCGGGUGGAGUAUUUGAACGGCCUGGCGCAUCUGCAGCGGUGCAUGCGGGAGCAUUCGUGCCGGUACGGCUUCAUUCUGACCGAGAUUGAGCUCGUCUGCGUCCGAGCCGGCUGCGACGAGGGGGACGAUGUGCCGUACUUUGGAUAUUUGGAGCUGUCUGCGCCUAUCCCUACCAAGCUCGCCGCUAGCCAGUCGCGUGAGACGGACUACCAUAUGGACCGAUGCACCUAUCCGCAUUCCCCGGCCCCGUCCAGCGACAGCUCCUUGGCCAGCCAGUCCCCGGUGUUGGGGAACUACGAUGUGUCGUCCGAUGAGCUCGACGGGCCGAUGACCGCGAGCAUGGCGCUGUACUUUCUGCUCAUGCUCUCGAAGUCGGUGCCCCUGCCGUCGCAGCCGUCGGCGCAUCUCAACGUAGGCGGGCCGGGGGCGCUGACGCGGCAGCGUGUUCUGCCCGAUGGGAAGGACAAAUGGAUUCCUGAGCCGCAGAUCGGGGAGCGGCGGGACGCGAAGCGCGUCCGGGGCUGGGUCUGGCCGCAAGAUGCGUGGCAUCGACGCGAGGGAGGGGGCAUGCCUCGUUCGCGGGCGAUGACUGCGGAGCCUAAGACGAAGAAGUGGCAUAAAUAG